UCCUGCUUCCGGGAGGGCCCGGCGGGGCGGGGAGGUGAGCGGGGAGCAGCCGCGGCCAUGGAGAUGCAGUCGUACUACACGAAGCUCCUGGGGGAGCUCAACGAGCAGCGCAAGAGGGAUUUCUUCUGUGACUGCAGCAUCAUCGUGGAGGGGAGGAUCUUCAAAGCGCACAAAAACAUUCUGUUUGCCAACAGCGGCUACUUCAGGGCUCUGCUGAUUCAUUACAUACAGGACAGCGGGCGGCACAGCACGGCCUCCCUGGACAUCGUCACCUCGGAGGCCUUCUCCAUCAUCCUGGAUUUCCUUUACUCGGGGAAGUUGGAUCUCUGCGGGGAGAACGUCAUCGAGGUCAUGUCUGCAGCGAGCUACCUGCAAAUGACGGACGUGGUCAACUUCUGCAAGGCCUACAUUAGGUCCUCGCUGGAUAUUUGCAGGAAAAUAGAGAGGGAAGCCGCUUUCUACCAGGCUGACAGUGGGAGCGGAGGCUCAGCGAGAGAGGGCCCCUCGCACAGCACCAAGGGGCAGAGCGGCACCUCAGUCCCGCGGGAAAAGGAGAGGAUGGCGGGCUGCCAGAACGACCCUCCGUGCGGAGAGUGCAGCAGCUGCCAUCCCCUGGAGCUGGUGGUGAGGGACCCCGGGGGCAGCGACUCCCCGGACGACGCCAACUCUUCCCUGCCCAAGGGGGUGGAGCCCAAGGUCGAGUUCGAUGCGGACGAGGUAGAGGUGGACGUGGGUGGGCGGCUGCAGCAGUACCAGCCUGCGCUGUCUCUGGAGCAGGUGGACGAGGGGCUGCACGGAGGGCAGGCGAUGGACCUGGCCUGCAAUAACUACCACAUGAAGCAGUUCCUAGAGGCCUUGCUGCGCAACAGCUCGGCUCAGAGGAAGGAUGACGUUGUUCAUCACUUUGUUCGGGGCUUUGAGGGUAGGCCAGAGGAUGCGGGGGUGGCCGUGAGCUCCAUGAUGGACAUUCACAGCGACUGGUAUGGUGAGGACGCAGGUGACGUGUUAGUGGUGCCGAUCAAGCUCCACAAGUGCCCGUUCUGUCCCUACACGGCCAAGCAGAAGGGGAUCCUGAAGCGCCACAUCCGCUCGCACACCGGUGAGCGGCCGUACCCCUGUGAGACCUGCGGGAAGCGCUUCACGCGGCAGGAGCACCUGCGGAGCCACGCACUGAGUGUGCACCGAUCCAAUAAGCCGAUUAUCUGUAAGGGUUGCAGGAGAACGUUCACGAGCAGCCUGUCUCAAGGAUUACGGCGCUUUGGCUUGUGUGACAGCUGCACUUGUGUGACCACCACGCAUGAGGACUCGAUGCCCAUUAACCUCAGUCUGAUGGAACCAUCGUCAGAGGGCCAGGAGAAGGGUGAUCCGGACAAUGACUGGCCCAUAUACGUGGAGUCUGGGGAGGAGAACGAUCCUGCUGAUGAUGAUGAUGCUGAGGACAAGCAGGAAAUCCACAGGAGCUUAGCAGACCGAGAAACACUUACGUAGCAGUGGGAGGAGGUGGGGAGGACUGAAGGUCUCUCUCCAACAGUGGUUGGUCUGCGACAGAAAACUUUGUAUUUAUCCAGUUAGUGAGACUGAGUUGGGUUUUAUUAAUUGUUAUUCAGUGUUUUAAUAGAAGAAUGGGACGAAUCCCAAUUCUUAAUACUUUCAAGUUUUCAGUGCUGUGCACCAGAAUUCUGUGAUGGAUCUGCCUGGGGUUCACAGAGGGUUUUUCUGAGCAAUCUCCAGCUGUGUCUCUGCCUCCUGGUUUCAAGGAACAGGAGGUGCUUUGUAGGCAGGACUCCUGUUGUUUUGAUAGCAGGGUUCUUCAAGUAAUGAUGUCGUGUUCCUUAAUCUCUGGUCUGGAAGGGGCACAGUUGUCUCUCUGAAGAUUCAAUGAGAAGAAAUGUGGUUUUCAUCCUUACUUUGGACUUUUCUAAACUAAGUUUUGAUCUUUCUGCAUCAGGGCAGUGUUAUCUAAACUGUAAACCUUGCGUCUUUUCAUAGACUUACUGUGCUCUGGAAGCCAGGCAGAUGUGUCAGGAUAACAGAAAUAUGCUGCUGAUGAAAGCAGAGAAAGUCAGAAUAAAUACAUUUCACAUAUCCUGAAGUACAAGUAUCUAGAGAACAAGGUUCUCUUUCCGAAUUGUUUUUGCUGCAUCUUCGUCAGUGGAUGCACAGCUCAGACUGCAGCUCUUCAGGUGUGUCCUUGAUGUCCCUUAGACACCAGUAGUUCUGGCUUAAGCACACGUAAUGGUGUCUGUUGUCUUGGUCUCUCAGCUUAUGAAGCAAACUGCCCAAAUCUCUUCAGCUUUUCACCAUAGAAGUGAAAAUCUGUGCAUCAGGAUACUGGGGAAUUCCAAUUCCAGAAGAGGAAUUGGAUCCACAGCCGAUGCACUGAGGAACAGUACAGUGACUGUCAGUGAGCUCUGUAUCAAACAGCACAGCGGACCUUUCUAGAAGCAGCUGGCUGGCAAAUCUCCAAUUUUUUUACUGACCCCUUUGUACACAAAUCUUUUUCUUUUCCCCUGCUUUCUUUCAGCCUUUGGUGACGUUUUGCACAGCUUGUAUUGCUGUAUAAAUUCAUACAAGUACUGGGGUUGUUAAGCUCUGCAAUGGACCUCCUGUUUCACUGCUGGGAUCGAUAAAGUUUGGCUUUCAAAUGAGGUGAGAGUUUUACCUUCCAAGUAAAAAUCAUCCUCUGAUGAUUUGGCUGCAGUUUUGGGUCUGAAGCACUUUUGGAAAUCAGAACGAUGCAGUGCAAGUGGAGCCAGUGGUUUGGAAAUGCCACCUGCAGCACCAACAUUCGAGCUGCCGUCCUGUUCUUGCUGAGUACCACAACCUCAGAGGGUAUUUUUUUGGUAUCCCAUUAUCCGAUACUGGAAGGACUGCUGUAAGAACACCCAAAGAAGUGACACUGUCUGCAUUUGUUGGAGUAGCUCACUAAUGGGAGUGAGACGAGAAUGUAAAUAGGGACCCAAACGAUGUGUGGUGACCGGGCAUCCCAGGGCAGCAGGGCUGGUCGUUGUGGCACUGAGACGCCGAGUCGAUGGCAGCAUUGGUGGAGGUGACUGAGAUCAGCUGAGCGUGGCUGCGGCUGAGGAGCUGCCAGGAGCUGCUCCUGUGCCACGGAGCUGUGCUGAGCUGGAAGGCGUUCGGAGCAGGGAAAGCAAAGCUCUUGAGAAAGCCUGUAAUAAAGCUGCAGGAACAACUGCAGAGACCUUUGGCAAUUUUACUUGCCUGCUCCCUUUGGUGUUAGGGGUUGUUUUGUGCGUCUUGUGCAUAGAGGACGGGCCGUGCUGUGCUUGGUGCGACUGCGUGGGGCCGCGCUGUUUGCGCUCCGGACUGAAAGCGACCACCAGAAUCGAUGUUUCCUGUUGAUCUGUCGUUGUGCUGCUUUGUUUUCAGCUGAGUCCUGCUUUUGUAUUUGGUAGAGGAGGAUGCGGUUGUCCACGUUCUUGUGACCGAAUGUUCGUGUCUGUGUUUGCUGUGCUUCCCACCCGCUUUGAUGUUUUCCUGGUCUCCCCCUGUACCGCAGCCUCCACGAGCUUUGAGAAACGUCGUAGCCGUUACCAAACGUUCACGUGGUGCUUAAUGAAAAAAUCAAAGGUGUUUUUAUGAAACUCAUUUUAAUAAAAUCUCCUUCUCAAAGUUUUUAAAGGCCGCGCAGACCGAGAUUUCAGUCUCAGCUCCAUGGAACUGACUUUGUUUAGGAGCAAGCUUUAGCACGCAAUUGCACUGUAUUUCACUGAUGGAAUACCAGCUGCACUGUAUGCACGGUGCAUUUCACCUCUUGGUGCAAGCCUUGUAAAUCUUCCUGAUGUGGUCAUUUAAUUUCCUGAUGUUUUGUAAGGCAGUUUCAUAACUGGAGUCCUUUUGCCUCCUUUGAGUGAUGAAUUCUCAUAAAUCUAACCCUACCUGUAGAAGUGACUUUACUGGAUUUGUGGAUCUGGGAGCAUUCUGGAGCUUUCUGAUAAAAAAUAAAACUCUCGGAGGGU